AUUAGGCAUAGGAGAGACAUAAGAGAUACGGAGAAUGUUCAGCAAUCAACAGUGUAAUUUAAAUCACUCGGAGGUGAAAAGUAUAAGGAUAAGUUGUGCGUAGGUAUUAAGGCAAAAAUAAUCACAACUGACGACGCAGCCGAUCAUUUUUUCCGCGACUUCUGUGCAAGAGGCGAUAUAUCACUUCGGCUACCCAUUGGGAAUCGCUUGGGGCACCGCGAACCCCCAGCCGAAUCAUGACCGUCUGUGUGCUGAGGUGUGGCAGCAGCUCGUAUCGGAUGCCGAUGCGUGGACUCUGCAGCAUAUUAGCAUAACACCGCCUGAUCGAAGUUCUCAGCAGUCUGAAAAUAAGACUGGGUCGAGGAGACCUUUUGCUGCAGUUUUAGUGGAAUCAGAGCACUGCGCCGGACUCUGGCCGGGAGUUCGGGCCACUCUGUGAGCUGAGAGUGAGAGCGUGCUGGGCGGCGAGAGGCGGCCGGCCUCCGACCUCCCGCCGUUCUCGGUCAGUCUCAGUGUCACGGCGCGUGGCACGUGCCACCACGACGGCGGCACGGGCACGACGAGCGCCGGCCGGCCGCAGCCACGCUCCGAGCGUCGGCCGGCACCUCCUAACGAGCGGCACCGCGCCGCGCCGGAGCCGCGCCGCUCCCACGCCGCCGUGGGAACGCCGCCGACGGGGGCGGCGCGGCGGCGCGCGCAUGCGCCCUGAGGCCCGUCGGCGGCCGCCCGAGCGGCGGUCGGUCGUGUGUCAGACGCAGGGCGGCUUCCGUCGACGGCGGACGCGACACGUGACCUCCCGGCGACGUCGGCGGCGACGACACGUGACCGUCAGCCAUGAUCAGCAUGAAGCGCUCGGUGAGCGACAGCGACUGCGAGGACGCCUUCACCGACGACUGCCGAGAUGACCAGUCGGGUGAGUUUGGCACCCACCGCAAGAGGCGGCGCGGGGUCAUCGAGAAGAAGCGGCGCGACCGCAUCAACAAUUCGCUGGCCGAGCUGCGACGCCUGGUGCCCACCGCCUUCGAGAAGCAGGGCUCGGCCAAACUGGAGAAGGCAGAGAUACUCCAGAUGACCGUCGAUCACCUGAAGGUGCUGCACGCCAAAGGACUGGACGCGCUGGCGUACGACCCAAACAAGUUCGCCGUCGACUACCACAGUAUCGGUUUUCGCGAGUGCGCCGCCGAGGUGGCUCGCUACCUGGUCACCGUCGAGGGCAUGGACAUCCAGGACCCUCUGCGACUGCGGCUCAUGUCGCACCUGCAGUGCUACUCGGCGCAGCGCGAGCUGGCCAACAAGCAGCACAGCAGCGGCUGGGGCUUCCAGCCGUACCCGGCGGCGGCGGCUGCGGCCGGCGGCGUGCCGACGCCUGUGGAGGCGCAGAGCUACCACGGCGCGCUGAGCGGCCACUGCGCGGCGCCUGAGCCGAGCGCGGCGCCCGGCUCCAUGGCGCGCUACGCCGCUGCCAUGCCGGCCACUAUGGGCAGCGUGAUGGCCGCCCAGUACCCGGCCAACAGCGGCUUCGGCGCCGUCACCGGCCAGACGGUGAGCUCGUACGGCCUGGCCGGCCAGCCGACGGCUCAGCACACGGCCAGCAGCAGCAGCGCGGCCGGCUCGCCGCGCCCCUACCGGCCCUGGGGCACCGAGCUGGCCUACUGACCGGCGCCCGCCGCCGGCGGCAGCACACGGGGCGCGGACGGACGGAGCGGUCCACUAGUCAUUUUGUGAUAUACGGAGACGGUUGAAGAGAUGGUUUCUGGUCAUUGUGUAUAGAACGAUAAGGUAUGGGUCAAGUUGGUAUGAUGUGCUUAUACGUCUUCAACGCUAGUCUUUCUUGUUCACUUUCCAGUAGGCAAUGCCUACUCUAUUCUGUCAGUGAUUUGAAUGCUCGGAAACAUCCUCAGGUAGAGUAAGUUACCGGAUGUCUGGCUAGCAUGAUGUUCUUUUAUCUACCGUGAAAUCAAUUAGCUUUCAUUCUAUACGUUAUCUGCAAUGGUUUAUAUCCGCUAUAAAGGCGGUCAAACCCUUGUUUUUAAUUCAUGCUCGAUUGAAACUCUGAGGCUCAAUGUUUUGCAUUCCAUUUCUAGUCGACAUGUGUAUAAAACGUGCUAUAAUGCGUGCUAUUUUUACAUAGUGUGUGAUUUUGUGUAAUACAAAACAUAUUGAAAACAA